UUUACAAAGAAUAUAAAAUUCAUAAUGGAUCCUGGUACUUUCUGUGAGAUAUCUCGGGCAGCCGUGACACCUGGUUCACCUCUGUCCUCUUUUAGGAACCUGAAGACCGGCUGGAGGAUGAGGCACGGCCGAAGCGCAGGCUCGAGACUUCAGCCCAGUCCACGCCCCGCGCCCCGAAAAUCAAGGGGCUGGGUCGCGAGGAGGCUGGUGGAGGUGGUCGAGGUGAAGAAGCUUGCGAAGCUACUCUUGGUACGAGGAUGGAGGUGGUGGUGGCGGUAUGACGUCACGGGGGCCGAAUCAAUAUUAUACCGUGUCCCUUCGUCGCUCUCCGUCGGCUCUCCGGUGGCGUAACGUGCCUCGGCUGGAGAGACGUGCUUCGAGCGAGGGUGCCUCAGUGCGGGGAGGCCGCCGCGACGCUUGGGACGUCGAAUCUAGGCCGCUCCGACGUCCGGCGCCGCCGUCGGGAUCUCGUCCUCGUGUUCCUCGUCGUCUAAGGGUACCUUAUUUCAGUGUCUCAAUUUUUCAACGUCUCACGUAUCUUCGUCUACUGGAACAGUUAACAGUGAUAAGGGAAAUCAGAGAAGCUUGCGGCAAGGGUGAUUGAUCGAGGAGGAUCCAGGUGCGUUUAAGAAAAUCGGAAGAAAAGGAAGAGAAGGCAAAAUCGGAAGAAGUCGAAGCGGCGGUACCAGUGAGUUGGUUGGAAAUCGAUGGCCAUCAGCGCCCAUGGGCGGCCUCGCGUUUAGGACAAGGAAUAGCCCCUCCCAAAAGACCUCGCUCCGGUGGGGCGACUGUUGCCCCCCGAAUCCCAGCCCUCCAUCGUUGACGGCCGUCCGGAAGGACCGUCAUCAGGUCAUGCCGCCCGUACCCGUGUGAGGUUGUCCCCCGCUGUUGCGCGACUGCACCCCACGGGGUCUCCAGAGGUUUCCAAACGUUCCCAAAUCAGAUCGCAUCCCGAACCUCUUGGACCUUCGUCUCCGUGAGCUUGACCUCGUGCCGGUCGACCUAUCCUCCCCAAAGAUGAUCAACAUCGCGGGAGUCAUCUCCAUCGUCCUGUUCUACGUCUUGAUCCUGGGCGUGGGGAUAUGGGCCGCCAGGAAGAAAGAGGCGGGCAACGAUUCCGAGGAAGAGGUCAUGCUGGCCGGAAGGUCCAUUGGCCUCUUCGUCGGGAUCUUCACGAUGACGGCUACCUGGGUGGGCGGUGGAUACAUCAACGGCACCGCCGAGGCAAUAUACACGAAGGGUCUGAUCUGGUGUCAGGCACCCUUCGGUUACGCUCUCAGUCUCGUGUUCGGUGGUCUAUUCUUUGCCAACAAGAUGCGACAGCAGGGGUACAUCACGAUGCUGGAUCCACUCCAGGACGCGUUCGGGGAGCGCAUGGGCGGAUUGUUAUUCCUGCCGGCCCUUUGCGGUGAGGUCUUCUGGGCCGCAGGAAUCCUGGCGGCCCUAGGUGCCACCCUCGCCGUCAUCAUCGACAUGGAUCAAGGCACUUCCGUCAUUCUGAGUGCCUGCAUAGCCGUCUUUUAUACACUCUUUGGUGGGCUUUACUCCGUGGCAUAUACUGACGUCAUACAGCUGUUCUGCAUAUUUAUAGGAUUGUGGAUGUGCAUACCAUUCGCCUGGAUGAAUCCCAAGGUGAAGUCCCUCAGCUCCAUGGACGUUGACUGGAUAGGCGAGAUCGAGCCGAGGUACUACGGGUACUACGUGGACUAUGGUCUCCUCCUCGUCUUCGGCGGGAUACCCUGGCAGGUCUACUUCCAGCGGGUCCUCUCAUCGAAGACGGCCGGCAGGGCCCAAGUCCUGAGCUACGUAGCUGCUGUCGGGUGCAUCCUCAUGGCAAUACCACCAGUUCUCAUCGGAGCGAUUGCCAAAGCUACUCCCUGGAACGAGACCGACUACACCGGUCCAUAUCCACUGACAGAGACGGAGACGAGCAUGAUCUUGCCCAUGGUCCUUCAAUACCUGACCCCGGACUUCGUAUCCUUUUUCGGACUGGGUGCCGUCUCGGCGGCGGUGAUGUCAUCCGCGGACAGCAGCAUCCUUUCUGCCAGCUCGAUGUUCGCCAGGAACGUCUACAGGCUGAUCUUCCGGCAGAGGGCUUCGGAAAUGGAGAUCAUAUGGGUGAUGCGCACGGGAAUAGGGGUCGUAGGAGUACUGAGCACCGUAAUGGCUCUGACCAUCCCAUCCAUCUACGGACUCUGGUCCAUGUGCUCGGACCUGGUCUACGUGAUCCUGUUCCCCCAGCUGCUGAUGGUCGUGCACUUCAAGCAAUACUGCAACACCUACGGCAGUCUGGCUGCGUACAUGAUAGCGUUCCUGAUUCGCAUUAGCGGCGGAGAGCCGCUGAUCAAUCUCCCAGCGCUGAUUCAUUACCCGGGUUACGACGUCGAGACGAAGACCCAGCUCUUCCCGUUCAGGACGAUGGCCAUGUUGCUGUCCUUGAUCACGCUCGUGGGCGUCUCCUACGGCACGCACGUCGCCUUCAUGACCGGCAAAUUGGCGCCGGGUUACGAUUUCUUCAGGUGCGUAGUGAACAUUCCUGAGGAUGUGGAGAGGGUCGGGCCCGAUCCUGCCGAAGGGGAGCAGAUGGCCGUCCUCGCGGCGGGAGCCGGAAGGCUUUACGGCAGUAAGGACGAAUCGAACGGACGAGUCAAUCCUGCGCUCGAGCCGGACUACGACAUGGAGCCAGGAUGCGGGAUAGUCGGGGCUGAGGUCGCCGGGGCUGCUGCCACUGGCGGCGGGGGAGGUGGAGGAGGAGGAGGAGGAGGAGGCGGCGGCGGCCAUCUUGGGCAUCACGGGCCCAGCGUCGCUCGCCAGCCUCAAUCCAGCACCGCGUUCUAAUCCCUGGUUCUGUGAUCGGAUGCUGUGACCAACAAUAAGUGCGGUGGUGUGGUGCCUCCUCUAAAUCUUCUGUCUCUUCUACAUACCAAUUCGUAGAGCCCUAGGUCCCCGUCCAUGUCCCCAGCUCAUUCUAGACGUCCUACCCUGGCAGGUCCUUCGGAAUUUCCCCAGGAUCCUCCUGACCUCUUCGUCCUUCCUUCCUCUCGAACUCGGAGUCAUGCUUCUGGUACUCUGCGCUCUGUAAGCAAUUCAAUGCUAAAUACGAUUGACUCCUGGUGAGUUUUCACAGCAGCGAACGCAAUAAUAAAGAGACUCGCGAGUAAUCGGAACCGCCUGACUCCGGGGUGCGGGAGGCCCCAGGCAUCGCGCCGCCUAUUAGGCCUAGUCACUUUGUUUUUUGUCUUUUUUUCUUGAAAUAUAUAGUCUAUUAUAACAGCUGCUUACGAGAGAACGAGAGAGCGUGAAUGAGAGUGAGAAAGACUGCGAGAGAAUUUUGAAGAGAAUGAAAAGAGCAGACCGAUCGAUCAGCCGAUUCUUACUGUAUCGCAAAGAGGAACGAUGUCGCGUUUGUCCCUGCGCUUUGUCUAUUGAAAACGAAAACUCUCCUCCCGUAGCCAAUCAGUCUCGAGAAGCAUUAGUCAAUUUUAUUAGGCAGUCGCCUUAGGCGACCCUAGCGAAUAGGAGCGACCUCGGAUCAGCUCGUUUCAAAUGCGCUUCGUAUUCUCGAGACUUAGCAAGUGAGCGCCUUUGGUGUUUAGAUGUAAAAAAAAGAAUUAACAAAAAAUGCUGCAAGCACGAAGGAAGCAAGGAAAGAAUAAGAUAGCUUUUCUACGUUAAACGACCUUGUACUUUUCUCGCUUCCACGAUUGCGUCAUCGCGAUCAUCGUUUCUCUCAUUAAAAAGCACAAACUGACUACACACACACACACACACACACACACCCAUAUAUAUAACGUGGAGAGUAGCAAUAUAGUUUUUCGAGUGUCUCAUUGGCUCAUCUAUAAAUUGAUGCUCACCCGAAGGGUCUUAUCGGCAGUUCGAUCGGUUAGCGCAGAUACGUUGUGUUUAUCAUAUAGUAUAUAUAAAUUACAUAUAUAUUAUACAAAUAUAUUAUUGCCCGUGCAAUAUCAUUCGAGUGAGAGGCGACAGAUUCGUAGUCAUAGCGAAUCGAGAAUCUCAAUGCAUAUCCACCAAAACAGUAUAAGCAAUUACAUGUUGUUUCAGCAUUUAUCAUUGUCCCGUUAGGAUUAUAAUUUAUCAAUAUUGUUAACUAGUCGCGUUUAACGUUUAAUCUAACUGUUGCGUAAUUAAUCUUCGUAUUUCUGG